CGCUGGCCUGAGCCGGGCGGGCGAGCCUCGCCCCGCCGCCCCGGUCCCCUGGCCCGCUGCCGGCGGACCAUGAAGCGCGAUGAGGAUGUGUGACCGCGGCGUCCAGAUGCUGAUCACCACCGUGGGCGCCUUCGCAGCCUUCAGCCUCAUGACCAUCGCGGUGGGCACGGACUACUGGCUGUACUCGCGGGGCGUGUGCCGGACCAAGGCCACGGGCGACAAUGAGACCAGCCGGAAGAACGAGGAGGUGAUGACCCACUCGGGCUUGUGGCGAACGUGCUGCCUGGAAGGAACGUUCCGAGGAGUGUGUAAAAAAAUCGAUCAUUUCCCGGAGGAUGCAGAUUAUGAGCAAGACACGUCCGAGUACCUCCUACGUGCCGUGAGAGCAUCCAGCAUCUUCCCCAUCCUGAGCGUGGCCUUGUUGUUCUUCGGGGGCCUGUGUGUGGCCGCCAGCGAAUUCUACAAGAGCAAACACAAUGUGAUUCUCAGCGCUGGGAUCUUCUUUGUCUCCGCAGGUCUCAGUAACAUAAUCGGGAUUAUAGUGUAUAUCUCUGCGAACGCUGGGGACCCGGGGCAGAGCGACUCCAAGAAGAGCUACUCGUACGGCUGGUCCUUUUACUUUGGCGCCUUGUCCUUCAUCAUCGCCGAGAUGGUGGGGGUGAUCGCUGUGCACAUGUACAUCGAGAAGCAUCGCCAGAUCCGCGCCAAGUCCCACUCCGAGCUCCUGAAGAAGUCGGCCUUCUCUCGCCUCCCCACCUACCGGUACCGGUUCCGCAGGCGAUCCAGCUCCCGCUCCACGGAGCCCAGGUCCAGGGAUCUGUCUCCUGUCAGCAAAGGGUUCAGCACCAUCCCCUCCACCGACAUCUCCAUGUUCACCCUCUCCAGGGAUCCUUCCAAGGUGACCAUAGGGACACUGCUCAACUCGGAGCGGGAUCACACUUUUUUACAGGUCCAUAACUCCAUCCCCAAAGAGUUCAAGGAGUCAUUGCACAACAACCCAGCCAACAGACGAACCACACCAGUCUGAGCCAGCUCCUCCCCACGCCGCCUCAGGCGCUGUGCCAACCAGGGAAGUAGAGGAAGGCGUUUUGUCUGGAUGCAUGACAUGAUCCUUGUGAUGGUGUUACCAGUGAAGCUCCAUUUUUAAAGAACAAACCCAAAUGGCUCUCAGCCCCACCCCACCCUUUAAAUGCCACUUGCCAGGCCAGGCCACUGUGUUUAUGGUUGAACUGUGUUUGGGCCCCGGAAUCCCACCCCUUUUCCUUCUGUGGUUGGAAAGGGACAUUGGCUUUGCUGUGACUUGCUGGGAGCAAGGCCCCUGAGGAUUGGCAGGGUGGUUUUGAGUGGCCUCUGGGACAGCGACUUCUCAAAGUCACCAUUGUUCAUGUUGAUCAUAACGAUCACAGUGUUACCUUCACUGUAUGUCCCAAUGGUAACAUUGGAGACAGCCUUGUCUGUGAGAACCAUUAACCCGAUAGUUACAUUUAUGCGAAAUUGCCUAGAAGUUCAGGGUAUGAAGCUCUGAGUCGGCUAAUGUAACGAGCGCUCAUGUGGUUAAAAUAUUUUGCCUUGUUGUAAUGGAUGGAGCGCUUGGGUCUGGGUUUCCUUCUGGCAUUUCGUGCAUGCAUUAAAUAGCUUGGAAUCCAAUUUCUUCAUGUUGGGUUGGAAGAAACAUCCUUUCCGUAAUUUUCUGUGGUUUUGGAAGGGCUGGGGGGGGGGGUGCAUAGGGGAGGCAGAGUGUGUUCCAUUCAGAUCAUGUAAAUGGACUAAGAAGCAGAUUCCCUCCAAUGACUAGUCACAACUAGACUGCAUUUGAUUACCCGCUGAUGUUAAACUGAAAGAAAUAGCUCCCUGAAAUUAACACACACACGCACAAGUGAAUGUGUGGGCACAAUUAAGGAGGGGAUGUUGGGCCUAGUCUUAUUUUAGAAGCUGGGUUUGCAUCUGAGCCUCUGGCAGUGAUCUGCGUGUCACCGGUGUAUGAGUCUGUAAUGAGGAAUGUUUCAAUUGACUGGGAGAUUAAAGAGAAAAGUAACAAUAAAAGUUUGGAGAAUCACUUA